UAUGUGCAGAGAUCUAACGCUAAUGUUACGCUGUAUGUUAGCACCAGAGUGAGUGUCCAGACUCCAGACAAAUAUCUCAAUUUCAGUGAGGGAAAAAGAAAAAUCAGUAAUAAUAAGCGCGAAAAUCCAAAUCGCAACACCAAGUCUUCACCUCCUCUCAUUACUUUCUCUCACUAGAAAUGUAUCUGAAAUAAAUAUUCGAGAUGAAUCAAUUUGAUCAUCAUCAAUCCAAGAUCACCGCCAUGGCUAGUGGCGGUGGAGGAGUAAGAAGAGUUCGACCAUUAUCAUCUCUUAUACUUCAUUUACUCAUUGCUUUCUUUCUCUUACAGGUGAUGUUCCAAAUUGCCUUCGUAACAGCAGAUACUUCCGACAUUUCUCUAAUUCAGAGAAAUCUCAAGGGAUAUAGGCCUCUAUAUGAUUGUAAGCAGUGCGAAGACAGAAAGGAGUCAAACAAGAAACCAGAGGCUUCGGAAGAUGACAUUGACAUUACUGCAACAUAUACUGACGCUUCUGGUGCUGUUCGAAUCAGUACUGUCAAAUCGAAAGAUUUAUCAUCUUCCUGGGUCUGGCAGCAUCCUAAUGAUGAAAACUUGCACCAAUUAAAAGAUCAGGCAAAAGAGGAUUCACCUCCACAAACAGAAGAAAGCUCUGGACUUCCAACUGAUGAGCAUGGAUCUGGAGAAGGAGCUUACCAAUACGAAGAAGCUCCAAUCAAUCCUGUGAAGCAUAAGCGGCGGGAAAUGCGUCAACAAAGGAGGGAACUCCGAACUGCAGAGCUGAUAAAACAGAACAAAGACAAUGACAAGCUUAUGCAAGAAGCAGCGAUUGAAAGGUCAAAUCAGCUAAACACCAGUGCCAGGGGAAAGUACAGUAUAUGGAGGAAAGAUUACGAAAACCCGAACUCUGAUUCCACGUUAAAACUUAUGAGAGAUCAGGUCGUGAUGGCCAAGGCAUAUGCAAGUAUUGCUAAGCCAAAGAAUGAACUUCGUCUUUAUGAUUCUCUGAUGAAACAUAUCAAAGACAAUCAGCAUGCUAUUGGAGAAGCGACUUCAGACGCUGAACUACACCGAAGUGCCCUUGAUCGAGCAAAAGCGAUGGGUCAUAUCCUAUCUAUAGCAAAGGACCAGUUGUAUGAUGGGGCUUUGAUCGCUCGGAAGUUGCGAGCCAUGCUUCAGUCAACGGAAGAGAGUAUAAUUACAUUAAAGAGGAAAAGUGCAUUCCUGAUCCAGUUAGCUGCCAAAACAGUUCCAAAACCACUCCAUUGCCUCCCUCUUCAGCUUGCAACAGACUAUUUCUCGCAAAACCUUGUAAAGAAGGAGACCCCAAACAAAGGCAAGCUCGAGGAUCCCUCUUUGUAUCACUAUGCUAUAUUCUCUGACAACGUACUUGCAACGUCUGUGGUUGUUAAUUCUACUGUAUUACAUGCAAAAGAACCAGAGAAGCAUGUAUUCCAUAUUGUGACAGACAGAUUGAAUUUUGCUGCAAUGAAGAUGUGGUUCCUUUUCAGCUCUCCUGCAGGUGCCGGGAUCCAAGUAGAGAACAUCGACGAUUUCAAGUGGCUAAACUCAUCGUAUUGCUCAGUUCUCCGGCAGCUCGAGUCCGCACGUAUAAAAGAAUAUUAUUUUAAAGCAGAUCAUCCGUCUUCCUUAUCUGAUGGUAACGAUAAUCUUAAAUAUAGGAAUCCCAAGUAUCUGUCCAUGUUAAACCAUCUCAGGUUUUACCUUCCUGAAGUUUACCCAAAACUAGAUAAGAUACUCUUUCUAGACGAUGAUAUCGUAGUUCAGAAGGACUUGACACCUCUUUGGUCUGUCGACUUGCGAGGGAUGGUAAAUGGUGCAGUUGAGACAUGUAAAGAGAGCUUUCAUCGGUUUGAUAAGUAUCUCAAUUUCUCAAACCCAAAGAUCUCUCAGAAUUUUGAUCCAAAUGCUUGUGGCUGGGCAUUUGGAAUGAAUAUUUUUGAUUUGAAGGAGUGGAAGAGGCGGGAUAUUACAGGAAUAUAUCACCACUGGCAAGAUAUGAACGAAGAACGUACACUUUGGAAACUUGGCUCCUUACCCCCAGGUCUAAUCACAUUCUACAACUUGACAUAUCCAUUGGAUCGAGACUGGCAUGUGUUAGGGCUUGGUUACGACCCAGCACUUAAUCAAACAGAGAUAGAAAAUGCAGCAGUCAUCCACUACAAUGGGAACUACAAACCAUGGCUGGAUCUUGCGGUAACCAAGUACAAGUCCUACUGGUCAAAACAUGUAAUGCUUGGUAACCCUUAUCUUCAAAACUGCAACAUCAACUUUGAUUGAUGAUAAUUUUUUCGCCCACUCUGUAAACUGGCAAGUUUUUUUACAAGCCACUCUGUUUUCCUGUAAACAAACUUUCUCGAUAGUUUGUGAAAUUGUAGAUUAGUAUAUUGCCGUAUCUUCGUUUCAUUUUCCUUUGAAUCCGAUAGAACUAUAUAAACCAAUGCAAUGUAAUGAGUUAAUCACAUCAAUGAAAUCAAUCUAUUUUUACAUUUUGACAA